UGUCUUCCUGUUCUGUAGGUUUACAACACAUUGCCAUGGCUGAUGAAGUGGCUGCCUGGACCUCACCGAAAGAUAUUCACUCUGACCCAAAAGAUAAUUGACUUUGUGGAAAUCAGGAUCAAAGAACACAGAGAAAACCUCAACCUUUCGUCACCAAGAGACUACAUCGAUGCUUUUCUCAUAGAAAUGGGGGAAAAGGAGGAUGAAGACUCUGGUUUUAGUCUCAGAAAUUUGUGUUUUUGUACCCUGGACCUGUUUGGUGCUGGAACUGAAACUACUACCACCACUUUACACUGGGGACUGCUAUACAUGAUCUACUACCCUGACAUUCAAAAAAAAGUCCAGGCUGAAAUCGACGCUGUGGUCGGUUCAUCCAGACUGCCCUCUCUGACUGACCGAGAACACAUGCCCUAUACUGAUGCAGUCAUCCAUGAGAUCCAGAGAAUGGGCAACAUCGUUCCCCUCAAUGUGGCCCAUGUAGCAAACAAGGACACUACAGUGGAUAAGUACACAAUCCCAAAGACGAUGUGGGAAACUCCAGACUCCUUCAACCCUCAACACUUUCUGGACCAGGAUGGUAAAUUCAGGAGGAGGGAGGCCUUCAUUCCUUUUUCUAUGGGUAAGCGUUCAUGUCUCGGGGAACAGUUGGCCCGGAUGGAGUUAUUCCUGUUUUUCACCUCCCUCCUUCAGAGGUUUUCCUUCUCUGCACCUGUCGGAGAGCAGCCCAGUCUGGAGUUCAAGUUAGGAGUCACUCGCAGUCCCAAACCUUACCUCCUCUGUGCUGUGCCACAUUAAACCACAAGUCCUCCUGAUUGGAGCACAUAUUUUUCUCAGCACUUAAUCACUCUCUUCCUAAUAUCUGCG